AUGUCGGCAGAUUCAAAGAAAAAUGCUGUUUUUCUGACCCCAGAAAGCCCCAUCCCAGAGGCCUGUCAGCACAGGUCCACGACCCCUCAUGAUCUUCAUUUGGCCUCAAACUCUGAAGACUGGCGACUAGAGCUUCUGCAGCAUGAACAGGCGACAAUUAACCCACAGCAAUUGAUGUUGUCUGGACAAAUUCCGUGUGUCGGCGCGUCGCAUGAGACUCGCAUCCAGGCCCCUCAAAUCUCCACCGCUUUUUUGUCAGAAUCACAUUUGCUCCCCACCGUGCUUGCUCCGAACGCACCCGCAGCUCAGUCAUUGACAUCGCGUCUUGAUGUUGGCCACGAUGGAGAUGUUCUGAGUAAUUUUGGUUGGAACCCCAAUGACCAGUCAGGCAGCCACAGAUCCAAUGCAAGGUCACCAACAUGGUCGAAAUCGUUCUUGGCCUGCCCUUACUACAUAAGGGAUCCAAUCCGCCAUUUCGGAUGUAUCAAUUUGAAGCUUGACACUUACGGGCGCGUCAAACAACACUUAAAGAGAACUCAUUUGACUUUCGAUGCCAAUAAGAUGGAAGGGUUUAUAUGCGAAAUCUGUGGUAUGAUCUCCCCAGACGAAUCUUCCAGGAACAUGCAUCGAGUUUCUGCUGAAUGUGCACCGGCGCCCUUGGUAAAUGAGCGCGGAGUAUCACGCCAAGCUUGGGAAGGACUUGAAAAACGCCUAAAGAGUGGCUCAACGGAUGAGGAGAAGUGGCUUAAUAUGUGGUUUGUUCUAUUCCAUCAGCCUCUCAGUACAUCAACACCGAUAAAGGAUACUGUCAUGAACAGAUUCUUCCAAAUCAUCCGCAACUUUUGCCGGGUUGACGGACAUGGAGCAAUUCUCUCGUUACUUAACCAGGAAAUGCGCGGUGUUGAACAUGGAAGCGCGACGCAGAUGUAUGAAUUGCUCAUGAAGCUGCUCGACUUUAUUCGAGAUUCCAUCCACCAGGUCUUCAAUACAGAGGUUGCAGGCGCAAGUGGCUGA